CGCCGGAGAAGGAGGGCAGUUGUGUGUGCGGCUGCUGUGCAGGCAGUUUGAAUAAAAAAUAAAUAAGGAAUCAUGUCGGCCAGGAGGAAUAUCGGCGAUCCCGAGAUUUUAAAGAAGAGAAUUCCCCAGAAUCCAAAAUACGUGCAUGUCAAGACAAGACUGGAUACUGGUAGCAGCAUGACCAAAUAUUUGGAAAGGAUAGAAGAGAUCAAGCGAAAUUAUCGGUACAAAAAAGAUGAAUUGUUCAAGAGGAUUAAGGUUACCACAUUUGCCCAGCUGGUUCUUCAGGUUGCAUCUGUAUCUGAAGACAGUGAUGUUGCUGAAAUGACCAGAGAGGAGCUGCAGAGGAUGGAAGACAAUGACUCUGUUAUAGCCGAAGCAGAUACAGAACUUGCAACAAACAGAACUAAUGGUAAAGGAAGCCCUAACAGUGUGGCUUUAAGUCCCAUCCAGAUACUUGAUAAUGAAGGAGGAGGGGAGUCGCUGCAUUCUGCGCGAUCUACUUUGCAGAGCCUAAUAAGUGGUGUUGGAGAAUUAGAUCUUGGAAAUACACAAAUCAAAACUCUUAAGAAAGAACCCUCACCAAGUCCACAAUCUCUGGACAAGCCAUACACAGACUGCCCAUUCCUCCUGCUUGAUGUGAGGGAUAAAGACUGCUAUGAACAGUGCCACAUAGUUGGAGCUCAUAGUUACCCCAUAGCAAUGCUUUCAAGGACUAUGAAUCCCUUCACACAUGACAUCUUGGAGUUUAAAAAUGCUCAUGGUAAAAUAAUUAUCUUGUAUGAUGAAGAUGAGAGGAUGGCAAGUCAAGCAGCCACCACAAUGUGUGAGAGAGGAUUUGAGAACCUUUUCAUGCUGUCUGGAGGUUUAAAAGUCAUUGCACAAAAAUUCCCAGAAGGUCUUACAACUGGUACAUUCCCUGUUACGUGCCUGCCACAGUCUACACAGCCAAAGUCUGGUCGCAAGAGAGUCAUUCCAAAAGAAGUCAUUAUACCUGCUGAGAACAAAUGGAGAUUUACUACAGAAGAACUGGAAACGAUAGAGCAGCAUCUUGAGAAAACAUUCAGGUCGAUUGACACUGCCAGCAGAUCCAGUCAUUUAUCAACUGCAAGACUGGAAUCCAAAAUGGGCAGCUCAAGAAACAGCCAUUUACCCUCAUCUGCCAGCUCGAUCAGCUCCCGAACCAUGCGCAGCAGCAGUCCCCAUACUAAGCCAUGGAAAUAAAGUGCUUAUUUAACCACAACAUUAAACCAUCCACAUCUGCUUUGUUGCAUAGAGCAGUUUUUCUCGCUCCAGCAGUAUUGUUAGACUAGACAAUUGUGGAAGAGUAAAACAUCAUGAGAACAAGUAGAAUAUUGUUUACAGAACGUUUAUAAUGCUGGGUUUUUGUGCUAGUUUCUGUGUAUAGAAGGUGAGGCGUUCCCUACUUGAUUUUGUGUUUUAGUAUUUCUAGUGGAAUUGUCUGCCCAGAUAGGAAUAACCAGUAAACGCCGUACUGCUGCAAGAAUAAUCAUGAUUCCCUAUAUAAACAACACUACAUUUAAGUUGUUCUGUUCUGAUGCAAUGUUCUAUCAGCACCUUUCAUUUUGGGCCUUAUUUAGAUCAUUCGGAUUGUACAAAUACAUACUGGAUGCAAUAUAUGUGCUUCCUUUCAACACCCACUUUUAAUUCACAUCUUUGUGGUUUUUAUUUGAUGCACUAUUGAAAAGACAAUUUUAUUGUAUACAUAAUUUCAUAUAGACUUAAAAAGUGGCCUUUAAAAUUAUUAAUUUUUUUUUCCUGCGAUAAAAGCAUUUGUCCCAUUAUUUUUAUUGGGUACAAGGUCAAUUUCUUAAAGCAUAGGUGUGUAAGUAAUUUAUUAUGGUUUCUUUUUAGAUGAUCAAUAAAAAAUUUUAUUUUUAAAGUGCCCAUUUUAAAUGAUAGGCAUUUAAAAGGGCACCCUAACGUUGGCUUCCCAUUAAAAGGAAAGUCUACA